CUCUCUUCUUUCUUCUCUAUCCACCUUUCUUUGAGUGUGUUUGUUUCUUGAACAAGAUUUGAGUAUUACUAUAUUCUUGUUCUAGCUUUUCUUCGCCAAUUCCUUUAAUUUGGUCUCUUUUAAUAAAGCACAAAAAUCCCAAAUCAACUUGCUUGUUUUUCCAAACCCUAUCAGCUUUUCUCAAGGAAAUAAGAGAAUAAUUUUGGUUUUGAGAAAAUGCCUAUAGAAGGAGGAGUUUUCAUUCAACAUUCUUCAAACCCAAUUCCUGAUCUUUCUCUUCACAUUAGUCCUCCUAACACUACUACUAUUACUACUUCUUCUUCAAUCAAUGAAAUUAGAGAUACAAGCUUCAAUCUUUCAAGCUCUUUGAAUACUGAGCUCUCUCUAGCACACCCAUCUAAAGCCAUGGAGAGUACUGAAAUAAGCCGAAUUAGAAAGAGCAAUUUCAGUGCAAGGAGUGGAUAUCAGCACAUAAACCGUGGAGUUCCACUACUUGAUGUAUCAUCAUCCUCAUCCGACGUCGACGGCGGUUCGAGGCCGAUAAAAGGGAUUCCAGUGUAUCAUAACCGUCCAUUCCCCUUCUCUUCUUCUCCUUUAGACAACAAGAAGAUGAUGGGUUACUACCAAAUCCCUCCUCCUGUUAUUCAUAGCCGAUUAUCGCAGACAACAACAAGGCUGAAUGGGUUUUCAUCAGAUGCUUUGAAGACACACAACAACUUGCAGUAUGCAUGUUGUGAUGAUGGUAUGAUUAGAUCAAGAUUUCUUCCAAAGUUACCAACGAAGAGGAGCAUGAGGGCACCGAGGAUGCGGUGGACUAGCACCCUUCAUGCUAGAUUUGUUCAUGCUGUUGAGCUUCUUGGAGGCCAUGAAAGGGCAACUCCAAAGGCAGUUAUGGAGCUGAUGGAUGUCAAAGAUCUCACAUUAUCUCAUGUCAAGAGUCAUUUACAGAUGUAUCGAACUGUUAAAACCACUGACAGACCUAGUGUUUCCUCAGGUGGACAAUCAGAUGGAUCAGGAGAGGAAGAUAUAAACUCAAUAGGCAAUAAUAUUAAUGCAAGACAAAGAAUAAUAUUCGCAGAUGAAAGAGGAACAUCAUUAGAUGUAUCAUUGCAACAACAAAUGGACUAUUCUUCAACUACUACCACUUCACUCUGGAGUAACUCCUCAAGAGAGGCCUGGCAACAAAGAAACUCCAUUAAUAUUGACAUGGAUGGGCACACAAAAGGAUCAUUCCAGCAACAACGAAGAUUUGGACAACAAACUGAUCAGGACUGUGAUUCAAUUCAGGUGAAAGGAUAUCUAGAGUCAAAUUUGUACUGCAAGAACCCCCGUUUGGAGUUCACAUUAGGCAGACCAGAUAUUGGGAAGGAUAUUCAUUUCUUGCGAUAA